AUGGAUGGGAAUGUCGAAACAAUGAAACCUUACUUUCCUGCUGUACUGCAAGGAUGCGAGUCAGUAUGUGACAAAUUUUUUAAAUGUUUAAAUAAAAAUUUGCAACCUUAUGGGAAUGAGAAUUCCGCUAGGAAUGGGAUAAAUCAGUGCCAUCCUUUAAAAAUAAAUUAUGAAAAAUGUACGGAAGAAAAACUAAAAAAUAUGAAGAAAAACUCCCUCAUGUUUUUAACAUCCUACAAGGACGGCUGUGAAAAACGGAAAUGA